AGAUAAACAUGGAGUGUCAGCGUCAUAUAAAAAACACGCAUAAACAACGAGACCAUCGUUCCCAACAUGUUCAGACCCACAGGCCGAAAUUAAGAAAGAUGCCCUGCUUCGACGUAACACUACAUGAAGCUACUGGCCUACAUAAUGGCAUAUUCGACAAAGUCGAUGUGCCCGAUCCCUAUGUCGAGUUGCACUGCCAACAGACCGUGGAGAAACACCGGAAGACAGCUGUGAAAUGGAACAAUAGAAAUCCUGAAUUUAACGAGACAAUGACGUUCACACAAAUUACAGAUAAACCAGUCAUAGAUAUUAUAGUUAAAGAGAAAAAUACGUUUGUGGAUGCAGUUCAUGGAAAAUACACGGGCGAUCCCCAGCAGACACCAAACGUCAUCAACCUCUAUAAGAACGCUAACCUGCGUGUUGACGUAUCCUGUAAAAUGCAAUCUCCGACCCUAAGGGCUGGCAUGGAACUUUGUCAGGAAGAACUGGACUUCCGUAGGCAGAGAUUACCAGUCGUACACAAAGCGUUAGAGAAACUUCUUGGACAGAAGAUGCCUGCACCAGAGAGACUACCAACCAUAGCGGUGCUGGGGUCUGGAGGCGGGUUCCGUGCUAUGAUGGGGAUGAGCGGGGUCUACAAGGCCCUGGUGGACACCGGUUUACUUGAUUGUGUGACGUAUGCUGCCGGACUAUCUGGGUCAAGUUGGUAUCUGUGUGCAUUAUGUUCUCAUCCCGAUUGGCCACGAGUACACCCGUCCGUCGUGGACGACCAUCUGAAUCAGUGUGUGCGCAAGUCAUUGUGGGAUACCAUCAUGAAUCUCCAGACAGUCAGAGACAGCUACAAUGAGAAACAAAAGAGCGACAGACCCUGGACGUUCACAGACCUGUUCGGACAUUGGGUCGGACAUACCAUUAUUCCUGACAGGAUGCACUGUAAGUGGAGUGACCAACAAGACAAGGUCCGUGAUGGACGUUGUCCACUACCUUUAUUGUCCUGUGUCCACGCUGAGGUUAACAAGUCUGUUAAACAGUUUCAUGAUUGGGUUGAGAUUUCUCCGUUUGAAGUCUACAUGCCGAGAUAUGCCACAUCUUUAAAGACAGAGACACUUGGAAGUGAGUUCUACAAAGGAAAGAUGGUUGUGAAGAAAGACGAGCUGCCUCUCCAUUACUUGAUGGGGAUAUGUGGAAGUGCAUAUACAGCGCUCCACAAGAGUUUCUCGGAAAUGGCAGCCAAGUCCAAAAAGUUGUCCCGGUCGAGUAGAGGAAGUGAGGGAGAUCGAAACACUUCGGAAGCUGUAGAUAAGGACAUAAGUGUUUGGAUUGAUUACGUCAAGAGAAUCCUCAACAGUUUUGGAAUGAACUACCUUGACGACCGAUCUGGCCGUGCCGCUAAAGUCCACAACUUCAUGCAUCAGUUGACUCUGGAGGAAAUUGGGGAGGACAAGACCCCAGUAGAUUCACCUGACGGCGUGUUCACCAACAUCCAGGAGAAGAUGUCUACUGAGGACAAAUACAUGUGUCUGAUAGACGCAGGUCUGGCUUUCAACUCGCCCUACCCUCUGAUCCUCAGACCGGACCGUCAGGUCGACCUGAUCCUUUCUUUCGAGUUUAGUGACAGAGGCAAGGACGACAACCAACCGUUCAAGCAACUGUUAUUGGCGAAGCAGUGGGCUGACUGUCACAAGGUACCUUUUCCACCGAUAAACAUAAAGCAAUACGAAGGCAAACCAGUUCAGGAACUGUACGUUUUUCAAGACGAGGCUGACUUAAACUGUCCCAUCAUCCUUCACUUCGUUCUCGUCAACAAUGAUUUCCGUUACCAGUAUAAAACAGGUACCAAGCAAACGGACGAGGAGAAGGAAUUCGCUGACUUCAGUGUGUUUGAUGGCGACACGUAUGAUAGCAUAAAGUUUGAAUUUACUGAAACCGAGUUUCUCCGUAUUUCAAAACUCAUGGAGUUCAAUGUUCACCAUAGCAUUGACAUCGUCAAGGAAACCAUCCUGAAGGCGGUGGAUCGGCGACAGCACAACACAACUCUGUCGUCAUGAUGGAAAUUCCAGGAUUGUUGCUUCCGAAACCUGGUGACAUUAUCAUACACAACUUCCAUCUGGCGAUGAAUCGACGACAGCACAACACAACUCUGUCGUCAUGAUAGAAAUUCCAGAGUUGUUGCUUCCAAAACCUGAUGACAUCAUCAUCACAACUUCCAUUAGGCGAUGGAUUGACAACAACACAAAAACACUCUGUAGUUAAGACAGAAAGUGCGAAAUUGUUGCUUCCAAAACCUGAUUACAUCGUACAGGAAAACCUCCUUAUAUGGUGAUGACUUGACGACAACACGUUACAGUACGUGAUAACUGAACGUUCCGUGGAUAGUUGCCUUCACAA